AUGAGCCCACCACCACCACCGCUGCCACCACUGCUACUUCGAAAGUACUGCUUUCUCUGUGCUCAUUGGUUAUAUAUCUUUGUGGUGAGUCUACUCUUUAUUGCAGGAACAUCCAAUUCCUCCAAUACUCCUUCUUCACUCAUUUUCGACUCUAAAGAUGUCCUUCCAUUCAAUUCCACCUCUCUGACCAUCAUCAAUAUCCCAUCCUUUUAUACGGUCCUCAUCAAUAAACUCUCCUUUAUAGAGACCACUAACCAUACGUCUUCAUCAACGAAUGAUGGUAGAAUUGACCACUUUUUACAUGAUUUUGCAUCCUUUGUCACUGAUACUUCCUUUUACAUGCAAUGCAUAACAGCACAUACCUCAUAUUAUUUGAAUCCAAAAUUCAAUGCCUCUCAAGUCGAAAUAUUACAACCAUUUCUCUCCAAUAAUUCCAAGGUGUGUUCCUCUCCCAAUUCCAUUUACAAAGAUUUAAUGCCUCUAGAUACCUAUCAUUAUUCAUACCUUGUACUGGGAAAAUCUCCAACUAUAAUGUUUUCACCUGUGAACAUGAUGGAACCUUUACUAGUCAUUUUGAAAAAUUCAAUAGUGAGCAAAACAUCACGUCUUUCAGCUUGGAAUUUUGCUUUUCAUGAUACGUUUGCGUAUGAAUCCAUGUAUGAAAAGCCAUCUUCUUUCCAAUAUGUGAAGGAUAUUGAAAAGAUUGAUCCAAAUGCACGAGAAGAGAUGAUUGAAUUUUUAGAACAACUAAUAGACAAUGAUUUAAAGACCUUUGAAAGAGUAUACAAUAUUUAUUUAACCUAUGGCAUUGGAUUGGGAUUUUCCGCAAUGAACAAUAACAUCUCUAACAUAGUGUACUUGGAAAAUUCAACUGCUUCGUUUUGUCAUCCAAUAUUUCAAAACAAAACUGAAAGAAGUAAUUAUCAUGAAGCUUUGCAUCGUAUCGACGCCUAUUUGUAUUAUUAUGUGAAAUUCAAAAAUAAUGCUGAUAAUAAUCAAUCAAUAUUUGACAAUGGAAGUACAGACUUUUCAAAAUAUCAAUUUAAGUCAAGCUUUCAUGAUCAUAUGGAUAUGAAUGUAGAUUUUUCGUUUUACUAUGAAGCCACUCGAAGAUCAGUAUUUAAGGGAAAGUUCAAUACCUAUCUUUCUGCCUUAUUCAACGCUUCCACAAUUCAUUCUAUUCAACAAAUUCAGAUUUACAAUUUAACACUCAAAGAACUCUACCACUUGUAUAAUUCUCUGAAUUCACGCCAUUUAGUGGGUGUGUUUCAAGCCAUGGUCCAUCCAGCAUGUUUUACCUAUUACAACGAUUAUGGUGAAAUUUAUAGAAUUAUUGGUGAUAGCCUCUUUGAAAUUGUUGCCAACGAUGUGGUUUAUUUUUCAAUGGUUGUCAUUGGCAUCUUGAUAUAUUUGGCAAAUAUUAUUAGUUAUAUUUUCAAAAGCUCUCUAUUUAUUAAGAAGAGAAUAUUUCUACCUCUGGUUGGUCCCUUAGCAUUGAUUUUACUGAGCUUGUGUUUCACAUUUGCAAUUCGAGCAAAAAUGGGUGCUUUGGGAUUUUGGAUUCAAAUGGUCAUUGUUUCUGGACCAGCUCCUCUCCUCAUUGGAUCCUAUUGGGUGUCCUUGUGUCGAUUUGCGUACCUGAAAAAUCAACGCUUCUUCAAAAAGAAAAGAAAACCUUCGAACUCAGUGGCAAGUUGUAAAACUCCUCUCAUAUUGAAAAGUUGCUUCACAUCAUCCUGCUGUUCUGUACUUCUCUCAUGUGUUUCGACCUUAAUUCUAUUUCUUAUUUGCUUAAUUCCUAUUUCAGCUUCUAGUAUUGCGUUCAUUCUAGCAUCCAUUACAACACCUCAUGAAGUGUUUAUCAUAUUAUUUGCUUUAGAAGUUGGAUUUAUGUUACUUUUUGCUGGAAUGUUCUUUCUCUUUGAUUUAACAACCUCUGGAUACAGAACUAUUCGGCAAAAAGGAUUAUCCUACUACUUGUUCUUUGAUGAUCCUUUUUACUAUCGAGUGGACAUUCUGUUGAUGAGUAUCAUGUUGCUGAGUGUCAUUCCUCUUUGUGUUGGAUCCUUUCAAGAUUCAUUUCCUUUCUUUUUAGUAAGAAAGGUAGCCUCUGUCAUGUACUUUAUAUGUUUUUACUUUGUCAUUGGAGGAACUGUAACGUUUGCGUAUUGGUGGAACAAAUUGAGAGGAACCAAAUUAUACAAUUAUUUGUGCUGCUCUGGAUCUUCUACAACUGCUAGUACUCCACCUCAGAAUGAUUUGGAAUUGAAUUUGAUGGACUCAUCCUUUAGAGAGAUGUUUCGUGCUUAUAGUAUCAAUGAAUUUUCAUUAGAAAACUUGUUAUUGUAUGAGGAGAUGGAAUUUCUUGUUAGGAAAGGAAAAUGUAGUGAACAAGAAGUUGAGAAAAUAUAUUCGAAAUAUAUUGAAAGUAGAUCUGAACAUGAAGUGAAUUUACCAUCAGAUGUCAAGAAGCAAUAUGUUGCGUUAAUGAACGAAUUUAAGCAAGAGGAUCCAGCGCUUUAUCGACGUCAGACGCUUCAACAAGGUGAUUCCAAAGAAAUGGAGGUGGUAGUGGAUAUGAGUGUUUCAUCUGCUUCAGAUCUCUCUCAAACGAUUGCGACAAACUCUAAAAGGAAUGGAUAUAUUUCACCUUCUAAAUUGCAAGAUAUUUUGAUGUUUGAGGUGGUGAAAAACAUGUCUGAUACAUAUUCCAGACUUGAAUUAACUUUAGAAUUUAAGUGGGUUGUCCCUCUAUAA